AUUUUUUAAGGCCAUUAAAAUAGAUGGGAAGGUUAUUGCUCAAGAGAUCAAUGAUGAGGUCAAGAAGGAAGUGGAAGCUCUCAAAGCAGCAGGAAAGAGAGCCCCACAUCUAGCAGUGUUGCUUAUAGGCAGUGAUCCAGCAAGUGUGGUUUAUGUCAAGAACAAAGCUAAAACAGCCGAGUACACAGGAAUUUCAUGUGACAUUUUACGCAUACCAAAAUCCGUGACGGAAGAGGAGCUCUUAAAGGAGAUCAGCUUUCUGAACAGCCUCUCAGAAAAUGAUGGUAUACUUAUCCAGCUCCCCUUGCCCUCUCACAUAAACGAAAGGACUAUAUGUGACGCUGUGUUGCCACAGAAAGAUGUGGAUGGCUUCAAUGUUUUAAAUGUGGGUCGGUUUUGUGUGGAUCAGAGAGCUUUUAUUCCAGCAACCCCAUCAGGAGUUCUGGAGAUAAUCCGCAGACUAAAAAUAGAGACACAUGGCAAGAAUGCUGUUGUUUGUGGAAGAUCAAAGAAUGUUGGACUGCCAAUUGCCUUGCAUCUUCAUUCAGAUAGCAAUGGAGGAAACAGUGCAGGCGAUGCUACCACUACUAUAUGUCACAGAAACACACCACCAGAGCAGCUGAAGUUCUUCACUAAAGCAGCAGAUAUUCUGAUAACUGCCACAGGUGUGCCAGGUCUUGUGACGGCAGACAUGGUGAAAGAUGGAGUAGUCGUCAUUGACAUUGGCAUCACACGUAUUGUUAAUGAAAAUGGCAAGCACAAACUUGUUGGUGAUGUUGAUUAUGAAGGUGUCUCUGAGAAGGCCAGUUACAUAACUCCGGUUCCUGGGGGUGUUGGUCCUGUUACUGUUGCCAUGGUAAUCAAAAACACACUUGCAGCCUACAAGAAUGAAAUAGAUUUUGGAAAGAGUCAUAGUGCAAAGUGA